UCUUUUCUCACCACUGUCUGUCCUGGCUCAAACUAGAAAAGAUUCCCCCCACUUCCUCUCUCUUUCUUCUUAUCCCUCAAAAGUUAAACAAUCCCACUUAAUUUAAUGGUUGACCAACUUCUAUUCUAUUCUAUCCUCUCUUCUUCUCAGACUUUUCUGUUCCCAUGAACUCUGCUUCAUUUUCCCAAUAAUAACAAGUACUCUUUUCCAAACUCCAAACCAAACUUAAUUUGCUUCUUUCCCAACAAAAAAAAGAAGAAGAAAAAAGGUCCCCAUCUGGGUCUUUCUGCAUCAAAUUCAUAUUCCUCAAAAAAAAAAAAAAAAUCAUCCCAUCCAACUUUCUGAUCCAAAGAUCUCAACUUUUUUCACUCUUUAUCUUAAAGAUUCAAUCUUUACCAAGUCAAACCCAAGUUUCUUCUGAUCCAAACUGGAAUUUCAACACCCAAGAUUGUAAAUUUCAGAAGAAGAAGAAGAGAUGGGUUGUUGUGCAAGCAAAAGUAGAGAAAUAAAGCCAAAAUACAAUGGUGGGGGUCAUUACCAGAAGACCCAUGAUCCAAUUAUCCACCAAUCCAAACCCUCAGUUCCACAAUCCCACGACAACCAAGUACCUGAAAAACGACCUGUAGUUUCCCACCAAGACCACCAACCCCAUCACCACCAAGACCAAUACCAACCCUUUGUGCUCAACAAGCCAUCUGUCCAAAUCCGGAGCCCAAAACACAUCCAGAGAACAGACACAAUCCUAGGGAAGCCAUUUGAGGACAUUAAGAACCACUACACAUUCGGAAAAGAGCUGGGCAGAGGCCAGUUUGGGGUGACUUAUCUUUGCACUGAGAAUUCCACUGGUCGUUUAUACGCCUGCAAGUCAAUAUCAAAGAGGAAGCUUGUGAGCAAAAACGACAAGGAGGACAUGAAGAGGGAGAUUCGGAUUAUGCAGCACUUGAGUGGCCAACCCAACAUUGUGGAGUUCAAAGGGGCUUAUGAGGACAAGCAAUCUGUUAAUCUUGUGAUGGAGCUUUGUGCUGGUGGGGAGCUUUUUGAUAGGAUUAUUGCAAAGGGCCAUUAUAGUGAGAGAGCCGCUGCUUCUAUUUGUAGGGCCAUUGUGAAAGUUGUCCAUAAUUGUCAUUUCAUGGGGGUGAUGCAUAGGGACUUGAAGCCUGAGAAUUUCUUGCUCUCUAGUAAGGAGGAGAAUGCCCUUUUGAAGGCCACUGAUUUUGGGCUCUCAGUGUUCAUUGAAGAUGGAAAGGUGUAUCGUGAUAUCGUUGGGAGUGCUUACUACGUUGCUCCUGAAGUACUGAAACGAAAAUACGGGAGAGAGAUGGAUAUUUGGAGUGCAGGAGUUAUAUUGUAUAUUUUACUCAGUGGUGUACCCCCAUUUUGGGCUGAAACUGAGAAGGGCAUUUUUGAUGCCAUAUUGCAAGGAGAAAUUGACUUUGUUAGUGACCCCUGGCCAAGCAUCUCAAGCAGUGCCAAGGACCUGAUCUGCAAAAUGUUGAAGCAGGAUCCUAAGAAGCGAAUUACUCCGUCUGAUGUUCUAGAGCAUCCAUGGAUAAGAGAAGGUGGUGCACCAGACAAACCAAUUGAUAGCGCAGUUCUUUCUAGGAUGAAGCAAUUCCGAGCAAUGAACAAGCUGAAAAAACUUGCUUUCAAGGUUAUCGCCGAAAAUCUUUCUGAAGAAGAGAUCCAAGGGCUGAAGGCCAUGUUCACCAACAUAGACACUGACAACAGCGGCACUAUCACCUAUGACGAACUGAAGUCAGGAUUGGCCCGACUUGGUUCUAAGCUGACGGAGACUGAAGUCAAGCAACUCAUGGAAGCGGCUGAUGUGGAUGGAAAUGGAACAAUUGACUACAUUGAAUUCAUAACUGCAACAAUGCAUAGACACAGGCUAGAGAGAGAGGAACAUCUUUUCAAAGCUUUUCAAUUUUUUGAUAAAGACAGUAGCGGGUUUAUCACUAGAGAUGAACUAGAAACAGCAAUGAAAGAUUAUGGAAUGGGUGACGAAGCCACAAUAAGAGAAAUAAUUUCCGAAGUUGACACGGACAAUGAUGGAAGGAUCAACUAUUCGGAAUUCUGUGCAAUGAUGAGGAGUGGGACGCAGCAUCAGGGAAAGCUCUUUUAAUAUAUCAAUCUGUAAUUUUACCAUUCUCACUUCCAAAGACAACACUUGCAUAAGUUCACAGAGAGGCCUUUGAGCCAUCUCAGUGACAAAUCUAUAGUUGAGAGAUGUAUUAUGCCAUUGAAUAUAGGGAAACAUUUUCCAGUUUGGAUUUGAUUUUGGACUUCGACUUCAAUGAGUUUGUGCAUAACAAGUCACACUAUCGUUUAAAUUAGUUUGUUGUUUCAAUGAAUUUAUAAUAAUUUCCAAUAUGUUGAUACUUGAA